AUGGCUAGUCAGCUCAUGGGCGAAACCCUCCACGCUCUGCUGCGGCGAGCGUCGGAGGACACUGACCCCGAUGAUGCCCCCGAGGCGGGAUCCAAGGAGAUUACCAGCUCCUGGGCGUUGUUUAUUAUGAUCAUGCUGUUGAUGUUCGCCUUAUUCACGAGCUACAUCCUCCAGCAGAAGAAGAUCCAAGCCGUCCACGAAACGGUUUUAUCAAUUUUCGCGGGCAUGUUCGUUGGUCUGAUCAUCCGUUUAACCUCCCAAUCUACCCUCCAAGAUAGCGUCGCAUUCGACUACCAGUUCUUCUUCAACCUCCUCCUACCACCUAUCAUCCUCGCCUCCGGAUAUGAACUCCAUCAAGCGAACUUUUUCCGCCAUAUCGGCACCAUUCUCACCUUCGCGUUCGCCGGUACUUUCAUCUCCGCCAUGGUCCUUGGCCUCGUUCUCUACCUCUGGACGCGUAUCCCGCUGGACGGGUUGAACAUCUCUUUCGUCGAAGCGAUCUCUGUUGGCGCGACACUCUCCGCUACAGACCCGGUCACUAUCUUGGCCAUUUUUAACCUCUACAAGGUCGAGCCGAAGCUCUACACGAUCAUUUUUGGAGAAUCGAUUCUCAACGAUGCCAUUGCUAUCGUGUUGUUCGAAACUGCGCAGAAAUAUGCGGAGACUGAUGCUGGCUCGCUGAGCUUCUUGAAUUUCUUCGAAGCUAUUGGUCUCUUCUUGCUGGUUUUCUUUGGUAGCAUGCUUGUUGGUAUCAUUGUUGGCAUCGCCACAGCCCUGGGGCUCAAGUAUACUUUGGUCCGCCGUAUGCCGAAGAUCGAAAGCUGCCUUAUUAUUCUUAUCUCUUAUGCCAGCUAUUUCUUCUCGAACGGCGUGCACUUGUCUGGAAUUGUGUCACUUCUGUUCUGCGGAAUCACUUUGAAGCAUUACGCAUACUACAACAUGUCCCGCCGUACGCAGCUGACUACCAAGUACCUCUUCCAGGUCAUGGCGCAGCUUUCGGAGAACUUUAUUUUCAUUUACCUCGGUUUGGACCUGUUUGUCGAGUCCAACUUGCAAUUCAACCCGCUUUUCAUUAUGAUAUCCGUUGUCGGAAUCUGCCUUGCCCGCUAUCUUGCUGUUUUCCCCCUUUCGAAGGCGAUCAACUGGUUCAUUCGGUACAGAGCUCGUCGUCGGGGUAUCGAAGUCGCAGAUGAGUUGCCCUUCGCAUACCAGGCUAUGCUCUUCUGGGCUGGCUUGCGUGGUGCUGUCGGAGUCGCAUUGGCGGCAGGCCUCUCGGGUGCUAACGCACCGACGCUGCGAGCUACCGUUUUGGUGGUAGUCGUGUUGACCGUCAUUAUUUUUGGUGGAACAACGGCACGCAUGCUGGAAAUCAUGGGCAUUCGGACCGGCGUCGUCGAGGAGAUUGACUCGGAUGAUGAGUUUGAUAUUGAGGUGGCCCACGGUGGUACCUACUACAAACGCUCCGAUACUGCUUUCGGAUAUACUCCGCGACGCAGCGACUCGACUAUCCCUCUGGAUGGAGUCACCCCUAACCCCCAACGCAACGGGCUCGGUGAACGAGGAGGCAGUUACUCUACUGGGAACAGCCGGCGUCCCAGUCCACCCCACGGCCACACCCGAAUGUACUCGGCCGCGUACAGCACUAAAGAUACCCAAACGCGGCGUGAUCGCUCGUCAACAGCAACCCUACUGAACACCGGCACCGCGGGCAGCGACGACGAGUUCGGUCUGCCGCCCAGUGGGAAGGCUCGUGCGAGCCCAGUCGCCCACCCCGACGAGUUUGACCUCGAUCUCGAUGGCGUCUCCGAUGACGACCUUCCACCCGCCGCAAAAGCCGCCGCGUCUCGUAUGCGACGAUCUCCAUCCAACCCUCCCUCGGGACCACAUACCCCAAUACCCGCCGAGGGCUCCGCCAGCGCCUCCCCUGCCCGACGAGAGCAGCAGACUGGUCUAACCGCUCGCGACGCUCUCCGGGAUCUGUUCUCUGGCGGUGCGAACGGUGAUCAUGCGGCAUGGUUCCGCCAGAUUGACGAGGAUUACAUCAAGCCGAAAUUGUUGCUUGAUCAAUCCAACCAUAAAGGACCCGGCGCGGUCUGA